AUGCCGGCACCUGGAACUUCGACGACAGAUGUGAAGCAGCCGCAGCGCCACCCCCGGGCGCGAGCAGAACGGGAAGACCUGAGCAGGUUCCUGGAGAAACCGCGAGUCAGGUUCCUGGACAUGGCUGCAGAGGACUUGAGUGACCUGUCAGAUGCAGAGGAGCUGCUCUCGCCGCUGCCGGACAGCUCGGGAUGGGGCCUCGCUUGGGACCCCACCGAGGCCGCUCUCAGUGGCGGAACCCGGCCCCUCCGUGACGAGGAGGUCUUAUGCAUGCUCGACGACUUCUUGUAUCAGGGAGAGCUUCCCGAGUUCACUCUUGCGCUGACUCAGUUUGAUCGAGUUGCAGACAACCUGAAGGCUCAGGAGCUAGACAAGAUCAUUCUGCCCUGCCUCGAGGUCAUGGAGUUUGCCAACCGAUAUCUUCGGAUGGAUGCAUUGCUUUGCCUUCUUCACAUCUCUAUGGGCUGCCUUCUUCCAGAGGCGCCUGUGGAGCAGCUGGGACCUGCCAUGCGCAGCAACGCAGCACUCCUGGCCCUGGCCAUGGUGAAGGUGACCGUGGGCAAAGCAGAAGACCCUUGGUGCGAGAUCGAGCUCACAGAGGAGGACGUCGAGGACUGGAAAAAAGGCGUCGACAUCACAGAGGAGAAGCUCAAAGAGGUCAUUCAGCUGCCCCCAAUCACACUUGACAACUGCCAUGAGCGAGAGGACGGCGACCUGCAGUGGGAUGAGAUCACUUUCGAAGAAGAGGUAAAUGGAAAGUAUUGGCAUGCCGUCAUCAUGUCGUUGCAUCGUAUUCGAGAAGACUUCGUAAAGAAGCAGCGCAAGAUGAAGCACCUGGACUGGUACAUGACGAUGAAGAAGACAAGUGACAAGAGGAAUGCCAAGUAUUAUGUUUAG